UUCGGAAAUGCAUAUUCAUGCAAUCAAAAUUUGUGGGUAAUUGCUCAAAACAUUAGUCGCCAUGGAAAAAUGUGUGAAAAUAUCCAUGAAGGACUUCAUUCAAUUUGCAAAAAACACUGAAAGCCUCAACCAAUUGUUUCCAAAUAAUGUGAAACAUCGCCAGCUCGCACACCUUUGGCUACUGAAAUUAUGCAAUUAUAGCUGCAAGAAUAUUGAAGACCAUCGCGUUCGCAAUAGAUACAUGCGAAAUCUACUAGCUUGCAUAAGCAAACGAACACUGUUCGGUUGUUUUCUGAUUAGACCUCCAUUAGGAAAAUUGCGACCCACUAAUUUUUAUAUUAAUCAUUACGUAGAUGAAGAAUCAGAUGAGAGGAUAGAGGUUUCACAAGGAGAGACAAUUGCAGACAUCAACGAACUCCUGGAGCAGAAGAAAAAUCUAUUAAUAGAAUGCUGUUGUAUGUCAUGCUCAAAUCAACCAAAAAAAUACAAUUCACCUUCCAUAAACAAAUCAGGUAUUCCACGCAUUAUUAACUUAAAAAACAAAAAUACAGGAGCAAGCAAAGCUGCAAGAAACCUGUGUCCGAUGUGGAAAGUGAAUGUGAAGAACUUGCUUGGUGAGAUCGCAGCAGAAUUGAAAGGAGAGAUUAAAGAAGAAAACAAAGCCCACCUUGAAAGACAAUUAGAGCGUUACAGAAAUUUUAUCAAGAAUUAUACUGAUAUGAAUGCCCUACUCAAUGAACAAAGCAUUUCUUCUCAGCGCUCAUUUCUGCUAGUUCACUUUCAGAAGGAUCUAAUAAGAUUGUUACGUUGCGAAGACUAAACACACCAGUGACAUUUUUUUAUAAUGGAAAAUUUUACUAUCGUAUGUAAAAGAGCUCACAUCGCACGACUUAUUCUAAGAAACCAUUUAUGAGAUGCGAAAGUUUGAGAAGAAUUGGAGAAUUGCGUUUGAGUAAGCAAUGGCAUAUAAUCGCUAAACUAAAUUAGUAAGUAACUAUUUUAAGUUAAAUUUUUUUGAAUUAUUG